AACUAAUCUCCGAUCGAGUCCCAUUCACAACCAAAGUGAUGGAUUUGAUUCCACCGUCAUAUGAGUCGGCAACAGAUCGGGAUGCAUGGGUCAUCAUCGCUCGCUAUAUCUCUUCGAGCGACCUUUGUGCAGCCUCACUAGUCAGUCACCGAUGGCACGACCUAUUUAUGCCAUUCCUGUGGGGUGAUCCAGCGUCGCACUUUGGCACAGAAAAUGAUGCCGUCUACGUGGCCCUGACACGGUUUCGAAGAACCCUAAAAUAUGCGAGGCGAGAAGUACGCGCAUUAACGCAUACACUUCACCUCCCACCCGCUCUAUCGGAGAUCUACGAUGGCCCCCGACCGACAUGGCUGAGGGAUAUUUUGGAGUACCUACCUUGUCUGCAGUCGCUGAUAGUCUCCCGGCUACCCUUUUUCGAUCAUAACUGCAUGUUUGCAUUGAGAAGCUCGAAAAGUCCUCAAUAUAAUGUCCGUCUAUUGUUAGCGGACCAUGAGCCAAACACGACCUCUGCAGGUCUAGCAGAAACCCUUCUUCGAUUUCCCCUAUUGACCUAUCUGGACUUCUCAUAUACGACUUCUGCGCGUGAUCCUGGCGUCUUAUCGUCAUUAUCUCAACUUGAACACCUUCAAGUUCUGAAAUUGCGCGGUAUUGGCCUGAAAGACCCCGAUGCCGAGUUCCUGGCUAACGCCAUUGGGAAACGAGUUCGUGUUUUGGAUUUGCGCAAUAACAUGCUCACCGAUAUGGCCGUUCGCUCCUUGCUUCAGGCCUCUUUCCUAUCGCCAAAUCAGCAGCCACAACAACCUCGACAUCUUAGACGUACUGGAACUUCGCCAGACCCUGUCAUCCAGUCCGCCCUUCGAGGCAUUGGGUCAGAUUUCUUGAGAUCACCCUGCCUAGAUGAGCAGUACCUGAAGUUUCUAGCGAGUCAAGUCACUAGGCAUCCCUGGGUUGAUUACUUGCCGUAUGUGGGUAUUACCCAUCUUUAUAUCGCAAACAACAAUAUAAGCGUCGAGGGUGUGGCAGCCCUCCUGGCCUCUUCAAAUCUCUAUGCCCUCGAUGUCGGGACAGUGAAAAGCACAGGUAUCAUACAUAAACAGGCGCAGUCUCUCAAUCAUUGGAAGUGCCCUGGCGCAGAGAAGCUGGUUCCUCUUUUAGGGAAGAUUGCUGGAGACAAGUUGACUUAUCUCCGCGCCCAUCAUGCAGUACUUACUGCUGAGCCCCCGUUGAAAGAUUGUGGUCCCACGUCCGAGUUUCUUCCGGAACUCGGGACCAGCGAAGUGCCUCACGAGGCCGAGUUAGACGCUUCAGAAGAAGCUCGAAUCUACGAGCUUCCCGAAGAAGAAGCCCCAAUCUACGAACUUGCAGAUACAUCUCUUGCUGAGUCUACAAGUACAGUCACGAGCACCAGCACCGCUCGAAAUCAAAAGGUGGCAGCACUAUAUCAGGAUGAACCUUCGCCGACUGUCAGACGGGGAUCAGCUUUUGCUCCAGAGGUCAUUCAGACUAUGCCCAAUGGAGACAUCAUAGAACCAGACUACUGCGAGAGUCCUAGUAUCGCUGACUCUCUUCACACACUUCCACUGUGCAGUUCCCCCGUUUCGUCAGAUGAUCCCCGUGCCCAAAGAAUCCAAGAACUUCUGGCAAAACGCCCACGAAACCAAUCCCUUCCGCUACGCGGCGGCAAAGAAAGUCGAUUCCCAUACCUACACCCCUCACAUAUACCCCACUGCGAAACACUAGUAUUGACAGACAUUCCAUCGCACAUCCCGCCCAACUCCCCGAUAUUUUAUACUCUCACCCGCUUCAUCACAGCCUGCUCCAACGAAGCUCUUCUCGCAACCCUUCAAGCUGGUUCAGACUAUUCUCUCCCACCAGGUCAAGCCCGCUACCAAGCUGAGCAGCAGCGCUCUCGCUCUCUCUUCGGUCUUCGUCGCAUCAUCCUCGAAGUCACCGACACUUCCACUAGACACAUAUCAUGGAAACCUGCAAAUCAACGCAACGGAACCACAAUAUCCAGCACAGGAGACCGCGACUCAGAGGCUCUGUGGGCCGCGGCUACAGAUGACUUUAGCUUCUUCGGCGAAGAGGAAUGCGGCAUCCCCGAUAAUGAUCCGGGGAAGUACUUCCCCAUGGCAGCACUAAACGAGAAAGUCUCACUUUCACCCUCAGACGACAGCGCUUCCUCUCUCUCUGGCGCCGAAUCACCCUCCCGUGGUGGUGAUAAUCCGCGGCGGGGACCUACGUUUACUGGGUCUCGUAGCACGGACGCAAGCAAAAAGCGGCAGCUUUCACAGAAUGUGGAUCUCGUGGCACAACUAGCCGCUUUCCGUCGUGAGAAGAAGGCAGAGUAUGAGCAGCUUCUCAGGCGAGAGAGAGGACGGCGGAAUACGAAUGGGACUGAAGUGUCGAGUAUAUUCUCAACGUCUUCAGCGCAGGGAUCUAUGGCCCAUUUUGUGGAAGGGCAUUGGAAGGGAGAGGUUAAGAUUGUGAGGAAUCCGAUGCCUAAGGUUCGUAGUGGAGUUGUCGAUAUGUAUGGCAAUUAUUUUGAGAAGGGAUACCUGUACCCCUAA